AUGGAUCUAUUGCAAUUUGCGUUUCAUCAUGUGCCCGAGCCACACAGCCCUAUAAAUACAACGUGCAACCCGCCCAAGCCUUUCCUUCCUUCUCCCAUCUCUAAUUCCUCAUCUUCUCUGCACCCUGCUCCCCAGGCCUCAACAGCAUCUCUGGACUCCUCGCUAAAGGACGGCGGGCGCGAUCCAUCCCAGUAUACGACCAAAACCAACCACACGCACCACAUCAUGUCCUCAAAACAUCCUGGGUACUGGUGUUAUCCGGGUGUGGAAAACGGCUCUAAAAGAGCUUGGGCAGGCAGUUGGGUGAUCCCACACCUGGAUCCAUUGGGCUGUCGAGGAUUUCGGGCGUCCUGA